AUGGAAUCAGGAAACGUUUCACUCUCUGGAACAGUGACCGGGGGAGUCAGCCUUGGCAUUGACUGGAUUUGGAAUAUUGACAAUAACCAAAGAGUUAUAACUAAUAAUCUCACCCAUUCUACUCUGCAAUACAGCGUCACGGAAUGCCGAGAUGUUAACGUCGAAGUCAUCGCACGAAACCCUGUCUCUGAAACUUCAGCCUUUUGCGUACAGCGGGUACUCUAUCCCCUUCAAGGGUAUGUCAUUGAGCCUCUGACUGGUUUUUAUCAGACAACAGACCAAGUGGAGAUAACACUUCGUAGCGGGUCACAGAACUUCCCUGUGGGAAAUACAACACUGCAAAUAUUAACCAAUGAGACAUCAGCUGGAACACUAUUAAUUAAUAUAAGCUUAACCAACACAGAUCUACAAGACGUGAUACAAUUUCAGCAUUCAUUUAUUGAACAGGGUUACUACAAUGUUUAUGGGAGUCUUAAAUCGGAAAUAAACAUCGUAAAUCUUUCAACCAUUGUUGGAAUAUGGGACAAACUUGAAAAUUUGGAUCUAAACAUUUCCAAAUCAUUCAUAAGCGUAUAUGAUUCUAUCCAAUUGACAUGGAUAUUUCCUCCACGCUCCGACUUCAGUUUUAAAAUCUCGUACGGUGACGGCACAUAUAGAACACACUCUGCCUCUGAUAGCCAAAUUUUCAGUGGAACUUCUUGGCUUAAAGCAUACAACUCUGUAGGAAGGUAUACUAUUAACGUUUAUGCAUGGAAUGCAGUUUAUUCUAAAAACAUAUCGCAUAGUGUUCAGGUGGAGGAGUCAAUUACUAAUGUAGAGCUGAAGUGCACGAGGUAUGUAUCAACAAAAGAAGGUUCAACAAUCCUAAACGCAGUAGUGGAUCGAGGUGCCGAUCUUGGAGUAGAAUGGAUUUGGAGAGUCAACCACACGUUUCACGAAAGUCAAUCUUCCAAUCAAAAUUACACCUCACUGCAGUACCAGAUCUCCCAAACAGGAAAUUUACAUAUUGGAAUCUUGGCAAGAAACAAUAUAUCAGAAAUGUCGACUUCCUGUCUAGUGACCUUUCUUAAUCCUCUAGACGGAUUUUACAUUGACAUUCCAAAUAUUUAUUAUGAAACCACAGAGACAAUUAACAUUACUAUAAAAACGAAUCUAGACAACCCCUAUCCAGUUGGAAUCACAUCCUUAAACUUAAAGAUUAACGAUACAAGCGGCAGUAAUGUGAUUGAUUUAGCAAAUCUGACAGAUGACCAGGUUAAAUCUGGUCUGUUUUUACAACACGCAUUCGAACUUCAAGGUAAUUAUAAAAUAUUUGGAAACAUUUCCUCUGUAAAUGAAUCAAAAUUCAUGGAAGUUGUCGUUCGAAUUUGGGAUAAACUUGAUGGACUGAACUUUACAACUUCGUCUACGGGAGUUACAGUUUUAGAAAAUUUCGAUUUGGAAUUGACAUCAACACCACGAUCAUAUUUCAAUUUCAUAUUACAUUUUGGGGAUGGAACUUUACUUGAAAAUGAAAAAGAUUCUUAUAAGGACCGUUUUUUCCAAACUCCAUUGUCAAAAAAUUACUCAGCCAUAGGAAACUACGAAAUUUGUUGUAGAGGAUGGAAUGAAGUGUAUUCAACGAAAGUGUGUUCCUUCAUGCUAUGUGAAAAUAACAUUGAUGCCAUUAUGCUUACAUGUGACUUUCCGAGACACGUCAGAGUAGGAACAGAACUUGACUUUAUGGCAUCAAUAAUAAAUGGGGCAGAAGUGGAAAUCAUGUGGACAUGGAUAUUUCAACCAUUGGAGUUUCAAAGAACUGUAACCACAGAAAAUAAUAUCACUGAGAUCUCUCUUAGGAAAGAAAUAGGCCUAGAUGGUGGAGAAAUAAAUAUAACCGUGAUUGCUGCCAAUAAAGUCUCUGAAGUUUCAGAUUCUUGCUCAGUUGUUUCCCUACAUCCGAUACAAGAACUUGGUCUAUAUGCAGAAACCUAUCAAACAUUGGAAACCGCGUACAUAUAUAUCCAAAACACGUCGCUUACUCUUUAUCCCCAAGGUAUCAUUACUGCUGUCGGUUACCUUCAAAAUGAAAAUGGUUCUGUUCUUUUACAGAAUUUCACAAACGUGUCCGAUGAGAAAAUCCAAAGAGAGGAAAUCAAGACGUCAUGA